AUGCCACUAUCUAUCUAUCUAUCUAUCUAUCUAUCUAUCUAUCUAUCUAUCUAUCUAUCUAUCUAUCUAUCUAUCUCAUUCUGCCCACAUCUAUCUAUCUAUCUAUCUAUCUAUCUAUCUAUCUAUCUAUCUAUCUAUCUAUCUAUCUAUCUAUCUAUCUAUAUCAGUUUGUUCAUAUGUAUCUUCUUUUUAUCAAUCUUGAUUACUGUUUCUUUCUUUCUUUCUUUCUUUCUUUCUUUCUUUCUUUCUUUCUUUCUAUGCCGGUUUAAUUCAGCAACUUUUAUCUAUCUUAUUUCCUCGUUGGCUCUAUGUAUCUGUCUCUAUGUCAGUCCUUCCCUUUGUCUCUCAGUGUAUCUGUCACAGCCUCUCUAUCUCUCUCUUCCACUAUCUUACUCACUCUCUCUCCCCCCUCUCUCUCUCUAUCAAUAUAUAUCAAUUUAUUCAUAUGUAUGUAUGUACAUAUCUCAACCGUAUUAUUUAUUUCAGUUCCUUUUUACCUACCUUGAUUUCUGUUCCUAUCUAUCUAUCUGUUUGCGUUUAUACAUGUAUAAGAGAGAUGUUCGAAAAAUCUAUCUAUCUAUCUAUCUAUCUAUCUAUCUAUCUAUCUAUCUAUCUAUCUAUCUAUCUAUCUAUUCAGGCUUGUUCAUAUCUAUCUAUCUAUCUAUCUAUCUAUCUAUCUAUCUAUCUAUCUAUCUAUCUAUCUAUCUAUCUCUCUAUCUAUCUAUCUCAAAGAGUAUAUCUAUUUCUAUAACACUUUCUCUUUCUACCUCUCACUCUAUCCACGUAUGCCAAACAAUAUAUCUUUCUCUACCACUCUCUCUGUCUAUCCAAGUAUGCCCAUCUAUCUAUCUAUCUAUCUAUCUAUCUAUCUAUCUAUCUAUCUAUCUAUCUAUCUAUCUAUGCUUGUUCAUAUCUAUCUAUCUAUCUAUCUAUCUAUCUAUCUAUCUAUCUAUCUAUCUAGGCUUGUUCAUAUCUAUCUAUCUAUCUAUCUAUCUAUCUAUCUAUCUAUCUAUCUAUCUAUUUGCUUUUUAA